AUCUAUAAAGUUGACUGAAUAAAUUUAAAAAGAAAAUAAUUUUAACUACUCUAUUUUAUUAUAUGAAGGAAUGCAUCAGUCAAUGUUUAAAAUACUCUACGGUAUUCUGUUCUACUGAUCAAAUUAAAUAAUGAAUUUAAAUAAAAGCUUCAAGAAAAAUUUGUGGAAUACUUCAAUAUUUCUAUAUACUGUGCUAAAAUGAAAGAAAAGUAAUAUUCACAAAUUUUUAUUUUGUUGAACCAAUUUGUGAGUAAGAUUUGACGUGAUAUAUACAUGUAUAUAAAUAAGGUCUUUUAGUUUAUGAAUAUUGGCUAAUUUUGAAUGCAUUUGACAAAACUAAAUUAAUGUAAGGAAUACUUGUAAAUAAACAAUAAGAAUAAUCGAGACUGUAAUAGUGAACAUUUUUAAACAAAAUGUAUAAAUGUUAUUUUAAACGUUUGCAUCAAUGGCUGUAUAUAAUUGAAAAACAAAAAGAAGAGGAUACGAUACAUUUGAGAUUUUGUCUGAAUGAUAGAGGAAAAAUUUGUUAACCCUAUACAAAACAAGGGUUAAAAAAUGGAUAGUUCUGGCUCAGGGGUAGUGCAAGUAUUUGUGGGUGAAUGGAGCCCAGAAUAUGAAGCACUUUCAAUAAAAGCUACGAAGCAAACUUCAUCAGCUGAGAUAGUAGAGUGUAUUAUAGAAAGAUUGGGAUUAGGUGAUGCAUCUGCUUCUAAUGGUUACGAGUUAGCAGAAGUAGUGGGCAACUCUGUAGGGCAAGAAUGUAAAGAAAGAAGGCUAGGACCAUCUGAGUGCCCUGUAGCACUUAUGUUAUUAUGGCCAAAAAAUGCAGUGCAAGAAGAAUAUUAUAGGUUCUACUUGCGUAAAAAACAACCAGAUUACUUGUGGUCAGACAGUAGAUUUCCCAUGGAUCCACAACUCCUCAAGGACUAUUUCAAUAGAUUCUUGUAUCAGCCUCGAGACAAGGAAUAUCCUGAUCUAUGUCAACUACCAGAUCUUAAUGAACAAACUCUAUUGGACAACCUUCGGGCUAGGUUUUUGGCUGGAAACAUAUACACAUAUGUUGGCAGCAUACUUAUUGCAUUGAAUCCAUUUAAGUUUUAUCCCAUUUACAAUCCGAAAUAUGUGAAACUGUAUCAAAAUAGAAGGUUGGGGCCAGAUAUACCUCCACAUAUAUUUGCUAUAGCAGAUGCAGCAUACCAUUGUAUGCUUAAAGAAAAAAGAAAUCAAUGCAUAGUUAUCAGUGGUGAGAGUGGCUCGGGUAAAACAGAAUCAACAAAUUUUCUGCUACACCAUUUAACAGCACUUAGUCAGAAAGGUUCUCAUGGUAGUGGUGUUGAACAAACGAUACUCAGUGCUGGUCCAGUACUGGAAGCAUUUGGAAAUGCAAAAACUGCACACAAUAAUAAUAGCAGUCGUUUUGGAAAAUUUAUCCAAGUAAAUUACAAGGAAAAUGGAAUGGUGCACGGAGCCGUUGUACAAAAAUACCUGUUGGAAAAAUCGAGAAUAGUUUCCCAAGGUAGAAAUGAGAGAAAUUAUCAUGUAUUCUAUUACCUUUUGGCUGGGGCAAGUGAGCAAGAAAAGCAACUUCUGCAUUUAGAAAGUUGUGAUUGUUACAAUUAUUUAAAUAAAAGUGGUUGUUACGGGCUCGAAAAUGUUGACGAACGUCAUGAAUUCUCAAGACUGAAACAAUCAAUGGAAAUGGUUGGAUUCACACCAGAAAAACAGAGACGAUUAUUCGCAGUUUUGUCAGCUGUCCUCCUACUCGGUAAUGUGGAGUUUCAACCUAGAAAAUCUUAUCACCACCAUGACGAGGCUGUAGGUGUUAAAAAUCCUGAAGUAGUCGCGUUAAUAUCAGAACUGUUAAGAGUUAAACAGGAAACUCUUUUGGCGGCACUUACUGCCAAACGUGCAAGAGCUUCUGGAGAAACUUUGGUCAUCAACUAUAGGCUUCCAGAAGCAAUUGCGGCAAGGGAUGCUAUGGCCAAAUGCUUGUAUGGAGCUCUAUUUGAUUGGAUAGUACUUCAGGUGAAUCAUGCUUUGCUUUCAAAAAAAGAUACUCUUAGAGAUCAUCAAGGCAAUAGUAUUGGUGUAUUAGAUAUUUUUGGUUUUGAGGAUUUUAAAACGUGCAAUAGUUUCGAACAAUUAUGUAUAAAUUAUGCAAAUGAACAAUUGCAACACUAUUUCAAUCAACAUGUUUUUCAAUAUGAACAACGAGAAUACAGAAAACAGGGGAUUAGAUGGACAGACAUAGGAUAUAGCGAUAAUUCAGGUUGCUUAAAUUUAAUAGAAGGGAAACCGAAUGGCCUCCUUUGCCUUUUGGACGAUCAGUGCAACUUUCCGGGUGCAACGAACGAGACACUGCUACAAAAAUUUAAUUCAGUACAUAAAGACAAUCCGUUUUAUGAGGCACCACAACGACGCGAAGCAGCCUUUGUUGUGCGACAUUAUGCAGGGGCUGUUAAAUAUCAAGCUGCUAAUAUGAGAGAAAAAAAUUUGGAUCUAAUGCGGCCCGAUGGAGUUGUUGGUGUAUUGAAAAAUUCUUCUCUCGCUUUUGUUCGAGAAUUGGUUGGUGCAGACCCGGUUGCCGUAUUUAGAUGGGCAAUACUUCGAGCAUUUUUUCGUGCUCAUUUUGCUUUUCAAGAAGCAGGUCGAGCUCACAGACAUGGACGAGCUGAUGGUACGAAGACGUCUAUUCAGAACAGGUAUAGGACACCGAACGAGAAUUUAAUAAGCCAUCUUGUGACGUUGUCGACCGUCAAUCUAACUAUUAACAGAAUCGCUUCGCACAAACAUAAUCGUCCACCAAGCUAUCAGAAGCAGCGCAGUGUCUGUAUACCAUCAGCUAUACCCACAACCACAUUAUCUUCUAUACAACUUGAAAACGACAAUGUAAACAACAACCGAUUGUCGUGGCCACAAUUUCGAAACAUUAAUCAAACGCAACACCCGCCAAAUGUAACCACCAUGAAGGGUUAUUUAAUACGAGGCAGGGAAGACCAGCCUCAUAGUAAUAAUAAAAUCAGGCGAGAUACUCACACCCCGCUAGAGAGGGUGCUUCCAAAAGACGAAGCAAACGUCAUGGAACGCGCUAAUCAAAUAGUCAUGAAAAAUAAAUCGUUCCGACCGAGAGAACGUGGUAAGAAGGGCUUAAAAAAUCUUCAAAUUGUAAAAACACUUGCUGGAAGAACACAGAGUUAUGGAACGGGUCCUGGAAAAGCACGAAAGCAACCUAUGACAGUAUCAGCGCAAUUUCAACAAAGCUUGCACAGUCUUAUGGAUACUCUGAACCAGGCGAAUCCUUUCUUCAUUAGAUGCAUUAAAAGCAAUGCUAACAAAGUACCGAACAAGUUUGACGAGGAAACAGUACAACGGCAAUUAAGAUACACAGGAAUGUUAGAAACAGUCAGAAUAAGACAAGCUGGAUUCAAUGUUAGAUUAACAUAUGAAGAGUUCAUCCAACUGUACAGAAUGUUAUUACCCAAGGGCUUGUUGAGUUCUCAAUCCGACGUUAGGGAUUUCUUACUAACAUUAAAUCUAAAUAGGGAUAAUUAUCAGCUUGGAACAACUAAAGUAUUCCUGCGGGAAUCAGAAAAAAUUAAGUUAGACAUUGAAUUGCAUCAACAAAUCAUUACUAGUAUCACGACUAUACAAAAAUGGUUUCGCGCAUGUUUGGAAAGACGGAAGUUCCUUAGAUUAAAGAAUGCAGUUGUACAAAUACAAGCAUUUUGGAGGAUGGUAAUUGCCCAAAGGUUUGCAAGAACAUUACGUGCUAGAAUAGAAGCUGCCACCUAUAUCCAAUCUACUUGGAGAGUGUACAAGCAGCAUAAUUGGUACAAGAAGUUUAAGUCAUGCAUGAUUACAUUUCAAGCUUACGUUCGGGGCAAUAACGCAAGAAAAUGUUUUGCGGAAUUGAAGAAACGAAAGAAAUUACUUCCCGAUAAAAUCGAAGAUUGUAAAGACACUCAGAAUAACAGCAGGAUAUGUUCUAGGCUUAGGGACAAUGAUGAAUCGCUCAUUGAAGAUCACGGGUUAUUAGAAUUCACUACGUGUCGCAAAACUGAGUUUCAGAAUCGUCUUGUGUCAACCAGGACGGAAAACGUGCUUCGAGAUAGUACGAUCGACAUGUCCUAUUCUAAACGCAAAAUUACACCAAAUACGAGAAUCUUGCACGAACCUAAUACAAUUUUAAGAAAUACGGACUCACUUCCUCCGGAUGAGUUUAACGAGCGCAAAAGCAGUUUGGAGAGUUUAACUAGCUUAAGAAGCUACGAAUCACAAAUGAGCGUUAAUAGUUCGGAAUCUCAAGAAAAUUCUUGUUGUAAACCGGUACCAUGCACGAGAAUAAAACGCGGCGAUCAAUCAUCAACAAGUACGAACUUAACAAAUACGUCAAGUCGAAUGUCAUCAGUUAGUAAACGAGCAGACAGCUCGUCGACAGGAUAUAGCGACGGCGAAAUUGAUACAGAUAUUCCAAGUACCGUACAAAGUGCCCCACCAAUUUUCAACACUACCCCACUGUUUUCGAGCCCACGAGAAAUUACCUACUAUCAGUCCAACGUAAAUUUAUCGAACAGCCCGAAUUCGGAUGUCUGGCGCCGUAGAACAGAUUUUUCAUCCGUUAAUUAUAGUGAUUAUUUAAUGUCCGGCCCUCAGAAGUCAACAUUAACACGUUCUCCGAAUGUCUCUCAAUAUAAAAAUGUAGCGGAAAACUUAUUCGAUCAAACACAACAAGAAAAGCCAAACGAAGCGUCAAAUUAUAAUGUAAAACUCGAUAGUGAUCGUUUUGUUCAAAUGGAGAGUUCCACGAGUAGAGAACAACGCCGAUUAAGCGACAAUAGCGUGCCAAGUGAUCGAAUAGAAAAUGUUCCAGUCUCACCCAUUAGACGCGAUCAUGCAUAUGAACAUAGUAGAGAAGUGAAGGAUUUUAGUUAUUUAAAACGGCAAAAUUCGGAAGGAGAUACAUCCAUAAAAUUGGAUUCUUUGAAUGAUGAUUUAAAAAGUACUUUGUUAAAAGGAGGUUCAUCAAAGGAGAAGAAUUCGAGACCAAAGGAAAAAUGUGAACCUGACGUACCUGUUAGGAGUGCGAGGAGAAACCGUCCUACUCGUGAGGUUCAAUGUCGAUCCAUGGGCGAGAGUGUAUCAGAAGCAAACAGCAGUGAAUCGAAAAGUCUGUAUCUCAGUACGAUUAAAGAGAGUGAUCUACAUAAAUCUACAAAUGUACGAAACAGGAAGGACGAAUUGCCUUCAAGAUCGGUUACUGAUUGGCCUGUUAAUAAAAAUGAAGGUGCAUCAAAAACGCAACAACCUGGCAAACGUAUGAGGUCCAAUGCUAUAACGACGCUAGAGCUCAGAAGACGAAACUCGGAUCCAGCCACUAAAAUAUCGGGACUUGGCGAUGCCAAAUCUGGAACUGACACAAGUCCCAAUGAUUUGAAAUUGGCACCCGGAAUGGACCAUUUAGAAUGGAAAGGAAAUCUUUUUACGUUAGCGGGUCAUUGUUUCAGGAAAGUAGCCAGGUUUGCCAAAGAUGACGUGUGUGUUUGUUGCCGUGAAAAGAUGGAUGCAUUCGUUACACAGGGGUAUAAGUGUAUUGACUGUAAACAAUUGUAUCACGUGAAAUGUAUCCAAAAUGGUGGAGUACUUAAAAUGCCGUGUACGCUAGCGAACACUCCAGGCAGGCGAAAAAAUAGGAAAUCGCCCAGAACAACGUACGAUGCCCCAAAACAGACAGUGCCGUCGAAAUUCAGCUUAACCGGUACAUCCGCUUUCUAUGACAGCACUGACAAGAUUAUAUCUGAUGCGAAGGAAUUAGCUUUGAUGCAAGAAUUUAUUAUGAAAAAGAUAUACAUAAUGGAGGGUCAAGAAGAAGGCAAAAAACCCAGCGAAGUGGAUCGCGUAUUCAAACAAGCUUUGCGUAAAUUUAAGGACGACCUUGUAAUCACCUACAGCGUUGCUACUCAGCAAGGCGUCGAGGGUAAUAUUAAAUACACCGAUUUGAUAGCGAAUUUUCUGCACGUAAUGCAAACUGUGUGCAAACAAGAAAAUACCAGUGAAGAUUUUCCCGUGACGAUGGGAGUGAACGCGUUUAGGGGAUUCAUGAACGAAUUUAUGACGGUGGUCAAAACUGAAGCACUCGAGAAACAAAGUAAAAGUAAGCGUAAAAAGGAAAAGAAACGAAAACAGGAGGAGCCGACACGACACGGCAAUCAUAUGUUUCAAUUAACUAUUAUUAAUAUACCCACCGCUUGUGAAGUUUGCACAUCUUUCUUCAUGUGGCCUAUCGAGCGAGGACUUGUCUGUCAAAAUUGUAAGUUAACGUGUCACAAGAAAUGCUACACGAAGACAAUGGAUUGUGGAAAGGACGCUUCGCUGCACGAUACAAACUCGCGGAAGGUGUUCGGUAUACCGUUGUAUAAAUUAGACUGUGGUGACGGUAAAGUGCCAAUAGUGGUAGAUCGAUUAAUUACAACCAUCGAGAUGCACGGUCUUUACACGGAGGGCAUAUACCGAAAGAGUGGCGUCAGUUCGAAAGUGAAGGAGUUAAAGCUAAAGAUGGACGAAGGUGAUUUAGAGAAAGUGGACUUUGAAAAUUACCAAGUGCAUGUACUUGCAGCAGUAUUGAAAAGUUUCUUUCGGGACAUGCCUGAGCCUCUUCUUACUUUUGAAUAUUAUGAUGACUUUCUACACGCCGCGAAUCUGACGGACCCUCGGGAUCGGAUUAGCACGCUCUUCGCCAUUUUGAAGAAGCUCCCGAAGCCGAAUUUCGAUCUAAUGGAACGUUUGAUCGUUCAUCUAGCCCGAGUGGCACUCCACGAAGUUGACAAUCGUAUGUCACCGUCAGCUUUGGCGAUAGUAUUCGCACCGUGCAUUCUAAGAACGAACAGGACAUUGCCUGCACAAGAUUCGCUACAAGAUGUUGGCCGGCAAACGUGUUGCGUCGAGACGAUCGUACAAGAGAAAUUGAGGAUUGUCCGAGCGACUUUGGCUGAUAUAAAUACCCUCGAGAAUGCUUGUCAAACGGCGACUCAUCGUUUGUCCAGUUUACGGUCUUCGAAGAUUCUGAGUCCGGAAGAAUUGAACGCGGCAACUGCAAAUGCGACCGUGGGUGGCAGUGCGGCGGACCGAGACAGAGACCGAGGCGACGAAGAAGAGGCACUUCUCGUCGACCACAUAGAAGAAAUUCAAAACGAAAAGGCCAUAUUAACUGCAACAAUUCCCAGCCUAACGAGAGCUUCUUCGGACGAUGACCUACUUCUAUCCGCAGAUGACCGAGAAGGGUCUCUUGAUGACCUUCCAUCCUCUGCAGACGGACUCGUAAGGAAGAAGCCUAUUCAAAGGCAAAGUUCCGCAGACAAUGCAUUUCCCACGAUUGUCGAUGAGGACAUGGUAAUGGUAUGACCAUCGACGAUGAACGAUACUACCACGGGAAAUGAUCGUUGAGUAUAGCUACAUGACACGCGCUGUGAAGCGUCGACUGACAGCAGCGAAGCGACGAGUCUUAUUUCUGGUCUCAUCGGCAAGCCGCUAAUAAUUUAAAUAAGUAGUGAAACAUGAUAUUAGGUAGGUCUAGUAAGUUGUUCCACGCGAAGUUAAGCUGAUAAUCCAAUCAAACAUAUGUAUAUAUAUGUUUGGUAUAUAUACACAUCUACAUACGUUCAUAUAUAUAUAUUUUUUUUCACUCUGUCGUAAAGCUUCCAGAGGUUUCUAAAGAGUAAUCAACAGAGUAAUUAAAUUACCCGAGCAUACCGCUUUACGUGAAAAUAUUAAUUUUAUAUUUUAUUUUUUUCCUGAAGUGCAUUCCUCUUAUCGAAGACUGUCUAUCAGGCUAUAGAAGCUUAGAAACCUCCACAAAAGCAACGCGAUUUACAUUUUCGCCACAGAAUUCUACGAUAGAAUAUCUUUUCUUCCGGAUAUUUCUCAUAUUUCAUUUUUCAAUAGGACCGACGUAAAAGAUGGAAAAGUAUACGUGCGGAUCAUUAAUCCGCGAAAAAUGGAAAACUAAACGAAGUUACGCGUUACUGUUACGAAUGUUUAGUCGCAUUUAAAUUCUUGUUCUAACCCCGUGUUUUUAUCGGUUCGUUCGAAAAACGAUGCCCCUUUGUUCUUCAUACUUUUUACAGAUUUUAUAGACUGUUGCGUGAACCAACACGAUAAUAACUUUCUCUCUGUUUUUCUUCUUAACGAGAGCUCAAGUUUAUUACUGCUUUCAUUGACAAUCACGGGUUUGUAUCCUUUUGUUAGUAAAAUGAUGAAAGGAAUGAAACGAAUUGAAAGUUCGAGAAGAGUUAACCAGGCACCUCGUCAGGUUUCAACCUCAUCAGGAUUAUUUCACUGACUUCUGUUUACAUAGAAUACUCGCGAUAGCUAGUUGUCGAAAUGCGGAUUCAUGUAAGGGACUUGAAUUAUGUGAAGGAAAAGAGGAAACCAAAUUGUAGCUCUUAUACAUGUAUAUACAUUAUUGGGUCAAUCAGGAAGUUUGUGUCGUCUGCUAUAUCGUCAGUUAGAUAAACUCUUUUAAUGUUACUAUUGUCUUUAUAUGGAACUGUAAUUUUCCUUUCCGUCCAUAAUAUGUCUGCAUUUUUCUGCAAAAUCAUUGGCACACGAUUCCUUUUAUUUCUUAUCAAAACAUUCUUUGAUAUUACCUUGCAAAGUGCCGAUGAAGUUACAAUUCCUUCUCAUUUAAAGGGAUGGCCUACUUAUGGUUUUUCACGUCGUUAUAAUACGUUCCUAGAUUUUGACUAAACAGUGUAAAUGCAAAUGCGAUGAUGCAGUAACUUCUUGAAUGACAUUCGACAUAUUUGAUAGUGUGUAUUUCGUAAUAAUCUGUUAUUACUGUUAGUUUUAUAUACAAGAGUCGUUACCAAGGUUACAAUUACUACCGUCGAUAUUCGUCCGAUAGGAUUUAACACGCGCCUAUAUUUUGUCGAUGCUAAAUAAUACAUGAACACACAUAGGGCCUGCCAAUUUUCUUUAUUUGGGUAUCAAUUUUUUUUACUUAGAGUAAUUCUUUUCACGCAGAGAGACUCCUUUAUUAUACACACAUAUACAUACAUAAACGCGACCAAGCGCGAACACGUAUGUCAGACAUACACACAUGCACGCGCAUAGAAGACAUUUAUAUACACGAGUACUUAUUUAUGUAUGUACGGAUAUUUCUGUACUCGUUGGACUGAGCAGACGGUUUUUUUUUCUUAAGAUUUAUUACGAUUUCGUUUUAUUUUCCUGUCGUCCAGUGUCCCUCUUUUAGUUUCUCUAUUCUUUAUGCUCAUCCCUUUCUGUUUUUAAUAUACCGCUAUAGCGUCUAGAUUUAGGUUGUCCGUUUUUCUUUCGUGCGUUCUCGCGUUAGACUCGAAUGCCCAAUAAUCGGAAGGGGUUGGGAAGAAUUGUUCGAGUAAAACGUUGGAACUAGAAAUUUCGAGGUCGCGCGUCAUGAAUAAAAAGAGUGGGAAGUGAAGAUACUUUUUACCAAAAGAUUUGCAUUUUUAACCGUGCUUUUUUAACUUCACAUUUAAUUAAAAACCUCAUCGUGCUCUUUUAAUUUUCACUCAGUCAGCGGCAGAACUUGUCAAAUUCCCGACAGUUUCAUAUCUCGGCCGAUAUUCCAGUCACCGAACAGUCAGAAUUAUCGUUGUUCAAACAGUCUCCAGUAUUCGAUAAUAUUGUUCAGUAGCUAAUAUAAAUUGAAGCUUGUUUCUCUUUCUCGCCUAAUCGUUCGAAUUCACCAACAUUUUUCAAGCACUAAAUUUCACCUAACGAUACGAGAAUAUGUUUCGCAUGAGUAGACAGGAAUAUGUUGCACACAGUCACGUACAAGCUUCAGGCUAUAGUAAUUUCUUUUAAUGGGAAGUAAUCGUAUCAUCAAAUCGAAUCGUUUCGCGUCAAAUUUAUGUCAUCAGGCCGCGCGUGACUUUUAUCCAAGUAACCAUUAGGAUUAAGCCGGGAAAUUCGGAAAAAGACGCACGGCUCAUUCUUUUUUCAAACCGUUAUGUUCCUCGUUGUUUUAUUUCUCCUCGUAUUUUUCUCCAGCUUCGACUCGCAGAAUCCAUAUGUUUGUGUUGGGUUCGUUUUAGAAUGAUCGAUUAGCGAAACCGACUCUUUUAAAUGUUCGUGUACCGCGUUUCACGCGUUGUUCUUUUUUCACGCUCAUCCUGCAUGAUUCGGAAAAGCUUUUUUUCGAAUUCUAGGACUGGCGUGAGAGAUUCUUCGUUUUACGGUUGAUCGAUUUUUAUACCGAUUAGGAUAUAGAACUGUUACGAACACAACAUGUUUUGCUCGACUAUGCGAACCGGAUCCUAGAGUGGCUCUUUCUCCGUUUUUAACGUUGAUAUGUUAGUCCUUUUCCUUGAGUUUGAGGCGUCUGCGAACAUCCACCAUGACCCUUCGAACAAAUGGUUUUCUCUCCGAAGCAGUUCUUUGGCUGUUAUACCUCGUCCUCUUGAAUCGUCGAGUGUAUUGUGAGAAAGCGUAAACGUAAAUUAUCGAUCAAAUCAUACAAUAGAAACCUUUUAUCUUUAUUUGUAUGAUUCGUCCUUGUGUUCAUUACUUUGUUUUUCAACAUCAAUAUUAUCUAUUCUGUAUGUAGUAGAACCUUAUUUUUAUGCUCCGUAGUGAUUCUCGGGAAUAUUGAUUUCCUAGCAAUCUCAUGUACUUGAUCGAAGAACAAUUUUUCUAAUUAUUUCAUAAAUAUCAGAGGGAAAGGUAGGAAUAUGAAGUUAAAAGUACAAAUAUAAAACAAUUUUAAUCCUUAAACCGUAUAUCGAUGUCAUUCCGGGCAACUCCGAACGAUUUUUGCAAUUCACGUAAUUUGCUUUAUACUAUUUAUAGUAUAAUAUAUUUAAAGAAAUUUUUGUUAAAAUCAUUUUGAUACUUCUAAUUUAGGAUGUUUCAAGAUACUACAUGAAUUUUUCCAGACUUUUUUAGCCACUAUUACUCAUUAGCAAAUGUUUCGGUCAUGGAAGGUGUCCCCUAUGAGGACAAAACAUGACAAUAGUAAUGAAUCUACAUGAUUUAAAUAAUAUAUUUCGAUUAACAUUGAUCAUCGAUCAUCGAACAUGAUUAAACAUGUUAAUCGAGGAAAAAGUAACACGAUCAGUUCGAACCACGACCCAAGCUGUGCACAUAUUUCAAAACUCUUACUCUGAUGUUUUAUAUUUGUACCUUUGAUGUCAUAUAUCUAUCUCUUUUACUUUACUUAUUACACCCUUGAAAAUUAUCAGUUUAAUACCUCGCAAUUCAUUAUCUUAGCAAAUAUUAAUUAAACUAGAUGAGAUAAAUUCGUCGACCAACUACUUAAUUAUUCGAUGCUUUUAUUUCUCUGUACACUUAUCUGUUUUCUUAUUUAUGUUUAUUUGUAGCAAGUAGAACACUAUCAAACGUUUUCCAAGACUUACGGUCGAUAAUUCGCGUGCUCACAAGGAGAACACCCACACAUACACGUUAGCGUUAUACAUCCCUCAUACUGAAACCGUUACUGUUGAUUUCAGUAUGUAGAGAUUUUAAGUUUCGAAAAGAUUUCGGAUAAGUCCGUUUGUUGUUUGAUCGUUCGUUCACAAAGCGGUUGGCUAAAGAAAAGGAAGAUUGAGUUUCGUUUCGGCUAGUCUGUUACCACUUUUUAUCGAGAUCGGUUGUCGAAUCGUUGAGUCUUUCGCCCGUUAGAAGAGCGCAAUGUUUCUGUUUUUAAUUCCUUAAAAAUUUUAUUACUAGGGAACACGCCAUGGUUGUUCUUAGAGCUUGAAACUGGUGUAGAUACUACCGUGGCGCAGUCUUCUGAAUAGUCUUCUUAAAGCACGUAGGCACGUAAGGGCUACUGUCGUUAACGUCUAUAUGUGGUCGUUUUAACGUAAAACGCAUUACGCUUCCACUGUGUAAAGAAAAAGGUGCUUCGCGAGUAUCGAGCGCACAAAAACGUAUCAUCUGUCGUGUCAUUGUUAAAGGAAACAAGAAGAACGAGAUCCGAAAGCAACGACGAAGGUAGUACAGGUCGCGACAGACAACGAUUCUCCGUUCCGAGAUAGAGUGAAAAUUUCACGCAUUCGAUAUCCAAUCGCGCGUCUAAGCAAUGAAAGUCUCUUUCACAAGGAGCGUGCGUUAUCAAUUAUUACUACUCACGUCCAAUUUAUGAUCGAUUCCUACCCAAUAUGUGAAACUGAACUCGGGACAUGAUCGAUUAACAUCUUAGAAUUGUCCUUGUCGAAUGAGAAUGGUAUUGUACAAGAUUUUCACUCCGUCGAUCGUUGGUCCGUGAAUGUAGUCUGUUUACAUAGGCGAUACGAUAUGAACAGGACUCUUCAUGACAAUAUCGCCCCGAAAACUCCUAAUUAUUAUUAUUAGUUGUUACCAUGCGGAUUCUCGUAUUCUGCACAUUUCUUCGAACUCUGGACGAUUCGUUUGGACCGUGCUCACGAGCAUAUUCUCGCGGAACUAAAAUCGAAUCUCACGUUGACUUUUCUCCCCGAGGAAUUAAAAUCUAAACGAAUUUAUGCGCGAUGCAAGAAGACGAGUCGAGUAGGAUCGUCGAUGCAGAUACGAGAAAGUAUCGUUUUCACUUUGGCCGAAUUCUUCGAAAUACGCUUAUUACAGUUAUAGAAUCGACGAAAGCGUCGUCUGUCCCCACGGAGAAGCCUAAUUUUUGCUUUUCAUCCUGAUCGAGCCGACGAUCGUUUAUCGAGCGCUCGACGCACGAUCGUCGGCGAAUAAACGAACGUACUUUCGCGCGAAGUACCUGCGAUGUACGUAAGACUACUCCUUUCGUUUUACGAGCAUCGUGUCUGAAAAUCGCCGUCACAAUCUCGUUGCGAGUACAUGAUUCCGGGCUAAUAUGUAGUAGUAGAAUGCGAGACGAUGUCAAUGGAACCACCGCCGUCGUCGAGGAAAGUCGAGGCGGAUGCUUGAAAAUCCGAAACUCAAGGUGUCUGGUAUUGAUCGCAAGAUGGCAAUGGGAGGGGGAGGGGGUGAAGAAGGAACAAAGUCAUGUACGAAUGCUUCAACGAUUACACACCCAACCGUCGCGACGUUAAAACGCUCUCCCCAUUUGUGUCUUGGCGUAAAAUCUAAGAUCACGAUCGCGCACGAUUGGAGCUUUCAGACACGUCGCGCACACUGCGGAUCAAUUUUAUUUAGCCAGAGUUGGAGUCGUUCGUUCGAUCUUCGGAAAAGUCUGUUCCUUCCCGAAGAAAAUUGGUAGCGUCGAAAUCCUAGCGCUCCUAUCUGCAGGUACCGAAUCGGCGCGACGAGUUCGAAGGCUCCGUUCUCUGUAUUUAAACACACACACACACACACACACACACAAACAAAGAUAUAUAUAUAUUAUACAUAUUCGUUAUUUUUCUUCAAACAAAGAAGUGAACGUGUACGUGUGAUAAAAAAAGGUAUGCGUGUUAGAGAGGACAGGCUUGAUGGUUAUAUAUACACACAGACACAGAUACAUAUAAAUACGUAGAUGUAUGUGUGCAGAAGAAUUGUGUAGACGUGCGUAAAGGAAUUUCGAUGACUCUAUUGUGCUCCGUUCGGAAUAACUCGUGUUUUCGAAAGCGGCUCGAUUAUCCAAUAUCCACAUACAAAUAUAUGUGUACGCAUAUA